AGUGGAAAAAGAGGACCAGCCCCUCCCAGUUUGGGUGAACAGAUUUGGGAUUAGUUAUCAGGCAGAAACCCACAAGCAAUUAACAGCUCUGACAUCAGGGGACAAGCAAAUAUAAAACACUCAGUUCUAAAAGAGGUUCAGCAGAGAAUCCCCUCAGGAGUUCAAGACCGAAUGUUAUCUACUCCUUGGUUUCUACACAAAGGGCUACAAACCAAAGCCUCAUCCUACACCCUUGCCUCAAGCAGGAUGAAAGCUCAGAAACUCCUCACUCUGGGGUACACUUUCUUGCCUCUGCUGUUUUUUCAGCAGGCCUGGGCUCAGUUCCCCAGAGAGUGUACCACCAUUGAGGCUUUGAGAAAUGGGGUAUGUUGCCCAGAUCUGUCCCCACUGUCUGGGCCCGGGACUGACCGCUGUGGCUUCUCCUCAGGGAGGGGCAGGUGUGAGGCCGUGACAGCAGACUCCCGACCCCACAGCCACCACUACCACCACGAUGGCAGAGAUGACCGAGAGGGUUGGCCCACACGGUUCUUCAACAGGACAUGCCACUGCAACGGCAAUUUUUCAGGACACAACUGUGGGACUUGCCGUCCUGGAUGGAGAGGACCUGCCUGUGACCAGAAGGUUCUCACAGUCAGGAGAAACCUACUGGACCUAAGUACAGAAGAAAAGAACCGUUUUGUACGGGCCCUGGAUAUGGCAAAGCGCACAACGCACCCUCAGUUCGUCAUUGCCACCAGGAGAUCAGAAGAAAUAUUGGGGCCGGAUGGCAACACACCACAAUUUGAGAACAUUUCCAUUUACAACUACUUUGUCUGGACACACUACUACUCAGUCAAAAAGACUUUCCUUGGGGCAGGGCAGGAAAGCUUUGGUGAAGUGGAUUUCUCUCACGAAGGACCUGCCUUUCUCACAUGGCACAGGUACCACUUACUGCAGCUGGAGAGAGACAUGCAGGAAAUGUUGCAGGAUCCUUCUUUCUCCCUCCCUUACUGGAAUUUUGCCACUGGGAAGAACACCUGUGACAUUUGCACUGAUGACUUGAUGGGAUCAAGAAGCAACUUUGAUUCCACUCUUAUAAGCCCGAACUCUGUCUUUUCUCAAUGGCGAGUGGUCUGUGAAUCCUUGGAAGAUUACGAUACCUUGGGAACCCUUUGUAACAGCACUGAGGGUGGGCCAAUUAGGAGAAAUCCAGCAGGAAAUGUGGCCAGACCAAUGGUGCAACGUCUUCCUGAACCACAGGAUGUCGCUCAGUGCUUGGAAGUCAGUUUAUUUGACACACCUCCUUUUUAUUCCAAUUCUACAAACAGUUUCCGAAACACAGUAGAAGGUUACAGUGAUCCCACAGGAAGGUAUGACCCUGCUGUCCGAAGCCUUCACAAUCUGGCUCAUCUAUUCCUGAAUGGAACAGGGGGACAAACUCAUUUAUCUCCCAAUGAUCCUAUUUUUGUCCUUCUACAUACUUUCACUGAUGCAGUCUUUGAUGAAUGGCUAAGGAGAUAUAAUGCUGAUAUAUCCAUAUUUCCACUGGAAAAUGCCCCUAUUGGACACAACAGACAAUACAAUAUGGUACCAUUUUGGCCUCCAAUUACCAACAUAGAAAUGUUUGUUACUGCUCCAGACAACCUAGGAUAUACUUAUGAAGUUCAAUGGCCAAGUCGGGAUUUUAGUGUUUCUGAGAUUGUUACCAUAGCAGUAGUUGCUGCUUUAUUACUGGUUGCAGUCAUUUUUAUGGGUGCCUCUUGUCUGAUUCGUGCCAGAAGCAACAUGGAUGAAGCAAACCAGCCUCUCCUCACUGAUCAGUAUCAACACUAUGCCGAAGAAUAUGAAAAAAUCCAGAAUCCUAAUCAGUCUAUGGUCUGAUGAUAGAUGACAUAUUCUCUUAUGCAUUAGUAUCAUAAAACCACUUGGUUCAAAAAUAAUAGAUGAGUUACUAACUACAGUGUCUUUCAUUCUGUUACUUCAUUCCUUAUGCAUGCACAUGUUGGAAUUAAAAGCUUAGUUAUUAUUUUCCAGAA